AUGGCAUCUAAUAAUCAUUACACAAACAGUCGAUCAAAUCUAUCAACAAACUCUGAUGCUGCUGAAGCCGCGAGGCACCCGCACCAGCAGCCUUCUGUGACAUUUGCCCGGAGGACUUCCUCUGGGCGUUAUGUCAACUACUCGAGAGAUGAUCUCGAUAGUGAACUCGGAAGUGUGGAUCUCACUGGCUAUUCGGUUCAGCAUCCGCAAACUCCUGAUUUCCAGCCCAUGGAUCCCUCCAUCUCUCAGAAGGUUGAGGAGCAGUACGUGUCUAGUUCGUUGUUCACUGGCGGUUUUAACAGCGUGACUCGUGCUCAUCUUAUGGACAAAGUGAUUGACUCGGAGACUAACCAUCCGCAAAUGGCCGGUGCGAAAGGCUCGUCCUGCGCGAUUCCUGGUUGUGAUGUGAAGGUGAUGAGUGAUGAGAGAGGACAAGAUCUUCUUCCUUGUGAAUGUGAUUUCAAAAUUUGUAGGGAUUGUUUUGUGGAUGCUGUGAACAAUGGUGGGAUGUGCCCUGGGUGUAAAGAGCCUUACAGGAACACGGAUUUGACGGAUUUGGCUGAUAACAACAGGCAGAAGCAGCAGCGGCCUAUGCUUCCGCCACCAUCGGGUGGCUCGAAGAUGGAGAGAAGAUUGUCAUUGAUGAAGUCGACUAAGGCGGGUUUAAUGAGGAGUCAAACCGGGGAUUUUGAUCACAACAGGUGGUUGUUUGAGACCAAUGGGACUUAUGGUUAUGGAAAUGCUUUCUGGACAAAAGACGGAAAUUUUGGGAGUGAGAAGGAUGGGAAUGGCCAAGGUAUGGGGCCGCAGGAUCUGAUGAGCAGACCGUGGAGACCGCUUACUCGAAAACUGCCGAUUCCUGCAGCUGUUAUUAGUCCUUACAGGCUUUUGAUAUUUAUCCGAAUUGUUGUUCUUGCGCUGUUCUUGAUGUGGAGGAUCAAGCACCAAAACCCAGAUGCAAUAUGGCUAUGGGGAAUGUCUGUGGUUUGUGAGCUUUGGUUCGCCUUAUCUUGGCUUCUUGAUCAGCUUCCAAAGCUGUGCCCGAUUAACCGAGCUACAGAUCUCAAUGUUCUUAAAGAAAAAUUUGAAACGCCUACACCGAGCAACCCGACUGGGAAGUCUGAUCUGCCGGGACUUGAUAUGUUUGUAUCUACAGCAGAUCCGGAGAAAGAACCUCCUCUUGUCACUUCCAACACCAUUUUNUCGAUUCUCGCUGCUGACUACCCUGUCGAAAAGCUUGCUUGCUAUGUUUCUGACGAUGGAGGAGCACUUUUGACAUUUGAAGCCAUGGCUGAAGCAGCGAGUUUUGCAAAUAUAUGGAUUCUUUUCUGUCGCAAACACACUAUCGAGCCGAGGAAUCCGGAUUCAUACUUUAGUCUGAAAAGAGAUCCUUACAAGAACAAGGUGAAAGCUGAUUUCGUUAAGGAUCGCAGACGGGUGAAGCGUGAGUAUGAUGAGUUUAAGGUUAGGAUCAACAGUUUGCCUGACUCGAUCAGGCGCCGUUCUGAUGCUUAUCAUGCUCGGGAAGAGAUUAAGGCCAUGAAGGUGCAGAGAGAGAACAGAGACGAAGAGAUUAUAGAGCCAGUCAAGAUUCCUAAAGCUACAUGGAUGGCUGAUGGUACUCAUUGGCCUGGAACUUGGAUAAAUUCUGGUCCUGACCAUUCCCGUAGUGACCAUGCCGUUGGUUACAUUAGGUUUAAGAAUUUUGGUUCGAAUAUGGUGUGGUUCAGUUUCUAUGCCAUCUCUAAGAUCAAUGUGAUGUUGAAGCCGCCAAGUGAUGAGCCAUUACAUGGAGUAUCUGAAGGGUUCUUAGAUCUUACAGAUGUUGAUAUUCGUCUUCCGCUGCUUGUUUAUGUUUCGCGAGAGAAGCGACCGGGUUAUGAUCAUAACAAGAAAGCAGGAGCCAUGAAUGCGCUGGUCCGAGCUUCUGCCAUUAUGUCCAACGGUCCCUUCAUACUCAAUCUUGAUUGUGAUCAUUACAUAUACAACUCCCAGGCUUUGAGAGAAGGAAUGUGUUUCAUGAUGGAUAGAGGCGGUGACCGCCUUUGCUACGUUCAGUUUCCGCAGCGGUUUGAAGGUAUUGACCCGUCUGAUCGAUAUGCAAAUCACAACACUGUCUUCUUUGAUGUGAACAUGAGAGCUCUUGAUGGUUUGAUGGGUCCGGUUUAUGUCGGGACUGGCUGUCUCUUUAGAAGAAUCGCAUUGUACGGAUUUGAUCCGCCUCGUGCUAAAGAACAUCAUCCCGGAUUCUGCACUUGCUGCUUCCCUCGGAAGAAGAAGAAAACCCGUGUGCCGGAAGAAAACCGAUCCUUGAGAAUGGGUGGUGACUCUGAGGAUGAAGAAGAGAUGAAUCUCUCGUUGGUUCCUAAGAAAUUUGGAAACUCAACGUUCUUGAUUGAUUCAAUCCCAGUUGCGGAAUUCCAAGGCCGUCCUCUAGCAGAUCACCCAGCAGUGCAGAAUGGACGACCACCAGGCGCUCUCACCAUUCCCCGAGAGCUUCUUGAUGCAUCGACAGUGGCGGAAGCCAUAGCCGUCAUCUCUUGUUGGUAUGAGGAUAAAACCGAAUGGGGAACUCGGAUCGGUUGGAUUUACGGAUCUGUUACGGAAGACGUGGUCACAGGUUAUAGAAUGCAUAACAGAGGCUGGAAAUCGGUUUACUGUGUUACGAAGCGGGAUGCUUUCCGUGGUACAGCUCCGAUCAACUUGACUGACAGGCUUCACCAGGUUCUCAGAUGGGCUACUGGCUCAGUCGAGAUCUUUUUCUCGAGAAACAACGCCUUCUUUGCUAGCCCGAGGAUGAAAAUCCUCCAGAGAAUUGCUUACCUGAACGUCGGAAUCUACCCGUUCACAUCGUUCUUCCUCAUCGUCUACUGUUUCCUCCCCGCGCUCUCCCUCUUCUCGGGCCAGUUCAUAGUCCAAACACUCAAUGUCACAUUCCUCUGCUACCUCUUGAUCAUCUCCAUCACACUUUGCUUACUAGCUCUCCUCGAGAUCAAAUGGUCAGGAAUCUCACUUGAGGAAUGGUGGCGAAACGAACAGUUCUGGCUCAUCGGAGGAACAAGCGCACAUUUAGCCGCGGUUAUCCAAGGACUGCUCAAAGUGGUUGCCGGAAUCGAAAUCUCAUUCACAUUGACAUCUAAAUCCGGAGGAGACGAUGUAGACGACGAAUAUGCAGAUCUCUACAUAGUGAAAUGGACAUCACUCAUGAUCCCACCGAUUACAAUCAUGAUGGUGAAUCUAAUCGCCAUUGCGGUCGGUUUUAGCAGGACGAUAUACAGUGUGAUUCCUCAGUGGAGUAAGUUGAUUGGAGGAGUGUUCUUCAGUUUCUGGGUCUUGGCUCAUCUUUAUCCUUUCGCUAAAGGUCUUAUGGGAAGAAGAGGAAGAACUCCGACCAUUGUUUAUGUUUGGUCUGGACUUGUCGCCAUCACCAUUUCUCUGCUUUGGGUUGCCAUUAAUCCACCAGCUGGUUCUACUGAAAUUGGAGGAUCUUUCACUUUCCCAUGA